GUUCUUUAGUGUUGCUCUGAAAUCAGAUCGCAAAAACACAACAACAAUAACAACAAUAACACCAGAGCUCUAAUCGCGCGGGCGCAUUCCCCACCCUUUCUUGUACCUUUUUCUUUUCAAAUCGUCCAGCGCCUCUUCGGUGGCUUUUCUCUUCCCCACCUCCCUCCAUCUUCUUUCGUUUUCAACAGCUCAUUACCUGGGUCACUGGUGAGCCUUUUACUUUUUCCAACUCCCUAAGCCCCUGAUACGCUUCCGGUGUAUCACUGCAACGGCCAAUCAGCCAAGACAUAGUUGUUAAUCUGACAGCGACUAUGCCGCCCAAGAAAAGCGCACCCAAGCCGGCUGCGGCAUCAGCUGCGGCGGCAAAGGUUAAACAGACCACAGCAACCACAACUACUACGACGAAGGCAGCUACGAAGGCAUCCACCAAAACAACGACGAAAGCGAAGAAGACAGCCGCCACGACCAGUACUGCUCGCAAAGCUCCAACUGACAAGCGAGAGGCCCCUGCGAGGCCCAAGAAGACCACCAAAAGACAAACCGCGAAAUCUGCCACGGCUCCCAAGAAGGGUGGUGGAACGGAUGACAACCUUGCAAGCAAGAAGCGUGAAGUUGAGCCUGCGAAACGUGCGAAGCGGAAGGCGGAAGUUGUCGAUGAAGCUCCAGCUCGCGAUGUGAAAAAGGCCCGCGUUGCUAAACCCCGGGUUACUAAACCGAAGCCGAAGGUGGUCAUCAACCAUGCGCCAACCACUCGACUAAAUGUCUAUGUGUGCGGCGAAGGCAGCUCUGGCGAGUUGGGCCUGGGAUCUGCUAAGAAUGCAGUUGACGUGAAGCGGCCUCGGUUGAAUGCCAACUUGUCAGCGGACCGUGUCGGUGUCGUGCAGGUCGCUGUUGGUGGGAUGCAUUGCGUUGCACUUACGUAUGACAACAAGAUCCUUACAUGGGGCGUCAACGACCAAGGAGCACUUGGCAGAGAUACUACUUGGGACGGUGGGUACAAAGAUAUCGACAAAGCCGACAAUGAGUCAGACUCGGACUCCGAUGAUGACAUUGCUUUAAAUCCCCACGAAUCAACCCCCACUGCUCUUCCGUCAGAGGCUUUCCCAAAAGACACCGUCUUCGUUGAAGUUGCUGCUGGCGACAGCUCAAGUUUUGCCCUUACGGAUGAUGGUCAAGUCUAUGGUUGGGGAACAUUCAGAAGCAAUGAUGGUAUCUUAGGUUUUGAUGCCACCAAUAAAGUCCAGCUUACGCCUAGUCUGAUACCGUCUUUAAAGAAAAUCAAACACCUGGUUUGUGGCGAUAAUCAUGUCCUGGCACUGAACGAAAAAGGUGCUGUAUUUUCAUGGGGUUCGGGCCAGCAAAACCAACUAGGCCGUCGUAUCAUUGAGCGAAACAGAUUGAACGGCCUGCAGCCGCGCGAGUUUGGCCUGCCGAAGAAUAUUGUGCAUAUCGGCUGUGGGGCUUUUCACUCCUUCGCUGUUCAUCAGUCCGGAGAGGUCUACGCAUGGGGUUUGAACAGUUUCGGCGAAACGGGUAUCAGGGCUGGUGCCGGUGACGAUGAAGCUGCAAUUGUGCAUCCCACCGCAGUAGAGUCGCUAUCUGGGAAAGCAGUUACACAGAUCUGCGGCGGCGCCCAUCAUUCGCUUGCCAUCGCUGAUAAUGGAGAGUGCCUUGUAUGGGGACGAUUGGAUGGCUACCAAACAGGUCUGAAAAUCGACAGUCUACCUGAGGAUGCGGUCAUUAAGGACGAGCGGGGACGGCCUCGUAUCUUGAUAGAGCCUAAAGCUGUUCCUGGAGUCAAGGCAAAUACUGUUGCAGCCGGUUCAGACCAUUCACUCGUCAUUGAUGUUGAUGGUCGUCCUUGGUCGUGGGGAUUCUCUGCCACCUAUCAAACAGGUCAGGGUACACCGGAUGACAUUGAAAUAGCGACUGUCAUCGAGAAUACUGCCGUUCGUGGGAAAAAGUUAAACUGGGCCGGCGGUGGUGGACAAUUCUCCGUGUUCACUGAGCCGGCAGCAUUAGCAUGA